AUGACUCGUAUUUACACUUUGAGACAAAAAAUUUUAAUUUAUCCAGGCAAAGUAAGAUGUCCUCACUUAAAUACUCACAAACAAGCUAAGCUUGCAAAUAAUCUUCCAAUUAACAAUAACCUUAAGAACAAUGAAGGUGUUUCAAUUAAUACCAAUUUUGAAAAUAGUCAUAAAGGUGAUGACUUUAAAGACUUGCCAAUUGAUAAUGAUAGCCUCAAAUAUAAUAACAUAGAUAGCAAUCUUAAAGACAUUUCUAACAACAAUAGUAGUGAUGACCUUGAAGAUAUGUUAAUUAACAAUGCUGAACUUGAGGAAAGCAACGAUAACUUUGAAGAUAGUAAUAAUGAUCUUGAAGAUACAUUAAUUAACAAUAUUGAACUUGAAGAUAGUAAUGACUUUGAAAAUUUUAAAUAUACCAUUGGACAAUUUGUAGAAUUUAUCAACACAAAUAGCAAGAAUCAACAUGAAAGGCAAUUCAGAAGAAUUGAAGCUACUAUCUCAUUUUUGCCACCAUUUAACUCUGAAUAUCCAAAUGAUCAAAUGCAAGAUGCUUUAAAAAUAUCAAGGCUUUUAAAGUAUAAUGAGUUGGGAAUUCAUUGCAGUCAGAUAGAAGCUAUUGAGAACACAAAGAGCUCUGGAUAA